AUGCAAUCCCACCAGUCCUCCGCUUCUCACGGGCCUAAGUCCUCUCCUGGGAGCUCCCUAGAGACGACUAACGCCCACCAACUUCAGCCACCUCAAACGUCGACCCAAUCGCCAGCAACACUCCAACCCCAUGUUUCGCACCAAUCCUCUCCUGGGAGCUCCCAGGGGACGAACCUGGUGUCGUCUCAAGGCCAGUCAGGCGAUUCAACCCCACCGAUUUCUCAACCUACCAGGCCGUCAGCCCACGCGCCCAUCGCCCCCCUCCCUCUUUCGCCGCAGCGGUCGCCGCCAUCGUCGUCGUCGCCGUCGUCCGCACGUAUCCCAACUCCCACCCUGGUGACCCCCACCCCUCAAGCUUCUACGUCGGCCUUGGUUCAAUCCCCGGGUGCCCCUAGUCGACAUGCGUCAACCGUCAACCUCACCCAAGGACGCACACGAUUUCCUGGGGCAGCGCCUCCUCCUUUCCUCGUUAACCCCUACGGUCACACUCACGCGUUGCAUAUUCCUCUUUUCGCCACAACCUCCCAUGGCGACCCUUUCCAAACCUCUUACGGGGUCGCUUCUACAUCAACACCCAUACAGGCCCUCAAUCCGUCGUUCCCCUCGCCUUCCAGCUUGACCUCCUCCGACCUUUCGUUGGCCGAAGUUCGUGCCCAAUUAGCCAAACUCGUUUGCCUGCCGUCGGAGACGCCUACCGCAGAAGAGACUUGGGCGUCCUACGCCUCGAAUUGUCCCUCUGAAGUUCGCCGUUUGGCGGAAGAAGUUGAUUUCAUCGAAGGGGAGUUGGGGAAGGGCUUACGCGGACACCCUACAAUCCAUGUAUUAGCUACCGCAAUACGACACGUUGAAGAAACAAACAGUCUUCCUCAGGCCCUAAAUCGUUUGGGGAAGAUCGCAACCGAUGCCACGCUCAGGUUCCUCUUAAAGUUUAGGGUUCUUUCAUACUAUUUGUUAGCCGUUGGGGCUUUGCGUAGGCCCUCGCGACCGAAGCCCAUUGGCAAGGACUGGGCAAUUAGCGUUCCCAAAACGGUUUUACAGCAGGUCCUCAUCCCCGUUUGCGACGACUGGACUACCACCUUGGAACGUGCCAGACAAAAACUUGCUGCGGUAAAGCCUGUGGUGGACCUACCAAUUCCCCUGAGAAGCGAUGGUACCAUGAACGACCGUAUCGCCAAAUUCACGCUAGCCAUGAAGGCGGCUGGAGAGACAGGAGGGGCUUUCACCCUCGUCGAGAACAUAUACGGCUGCGUCCUCGGGUUGAUGCAGGAGGUCCUCCAGCCCACCCUUAGGGACACAUCCAACCCGGUGUCUACCCAGAUUGCUGCCCCUCCACCUAGGUCCUCAGCGGGUACUCGUGCCGAAUGCGCCCAGGUUCCCAACAGUUCUUCAAGGUUGAGCGCUAUGAUCACGCCAAUCACCGUCGCCGCCAACACAAGGCUUGACACACGCACGACGUCUCCCGAGUGGCUCAUUCAGGGCUCCUUCGACAUCGGAAACGACCAUCCCAGCGAGCUGGCGGGGGCGCAGGCCCAACUCAUGAAGUUGGUAGUCGACAUGGGCAUAGGGCAGAUAGACGUCUUUCCAGCCUUCCGCGCGAUGAGGACAGCACUCGAGCAACUUUCUGUAGCACCCCGGGUCGCCGACUCAAUGUGGUUCUCCCCUCCCCGCCUAUUACCUGCUAUCCCAAACCGGCCUCCUUUGAAGAGGGCAAGGAGCCUAGGGUUAGAGCAACUGCACCCCGAGGAAGCCCAGCAUUAUCCCCCCUCCAAAAAGACGCGCCGCGAUUUACCACACAAUCCGGGAACCACUUCUACAGGCCUUCCACCCCUCAUUUUACCUGCGACAGACCCUCAAGCGAUGGACGUUGACCCAACCGACGAUGAAACACAUCCACCUACGACCCCCAAUCCCCAUGAAUUACCCAACGUCCCCCAACGCUUGCAAUAUAUGAGCCCGCUUUCCGACCUCCCUGAGGACCCUUCUGAUCACGAGCCAAUACCGACCGACAAGGGGAAAGAGGACGAUCGCAUUGCGAGGGAAACACGGGAGCAGGAGGAACGCAUCGCGAAGGAGAAAGAGGAGGAGGCAAGUCGCAUUGCGAAGGAAAAGGAGGCGGAGGAGCGGUUGGCCCGAGAGAAACAGGCGGAGGAAGAGCGCGUGGCCCGGCAGAAGCAAUUGGCCCUGGCUAAGGAGAAGGAAAAAGAGGCCAAACGACUGGAGAAAGAGAAGGAAAAAGAGGCCAAGCGACUGGAGAAGGAGAAGGAAAAAGAGGCCAGGCGACUGGAGAAGGAGAAGGAAAAAGAGGCCAGGCGACUGGAGAAACAGAAGGAAAACACUAAGGACUUAAAAGGGAAGAACAAACUCCCGCCCGGCGGCGACGACGAUGAUGACGAGUACCUUCCUAGCCCUCGGAAGAAUAACAAAGAACAUCCGUCGCCUUCUCAGAGUCUGACAUGGAGCCUUCAAGUGAACGGCAAGUCUCUGCUUCUUCGUGACGAAUCCUCCGACGAAGAGGGUGAAAGCGAUCCAUGGGAAGAGGUCGACCCUGUACACGCUCGCCUUCUGAUCAAGGCAGUGACUCGGAAGUUCCCCGACAUAGCCGACCAGGUCCAUCAAACCAAGAAGAAACUCGAAGCAACCCGGGCCAUCAGCGAGAAGCUAGCGUCGAGCGUUGCUAGCCAGAGGGUCCGGCGCUCGUCCACCAUUCCGUCCAUGCCCAUCGGUUCCUCCCCCGCUCCGGCACAUCGCAAGGCUUACGAUCAGGCCACCAUCCAACGCAAGAAGAAGUUUGCCAGAGAGGCUCCCUUGGCCGACCUGUCUGAAGUCGAGACAGACUCCGACAAUGAAACCGAAAAGUCUCAGAGGGGCAGACCUACAAACUACCUCUACGCCGUCAAGACCAGGGAGUGGCAGACCUUCAUCCAAACAUGUCUGUGGCACGAGUCAAACGCACCUUCUCUUCAGAGCGGGGCCCUUCGCCUUAGUGGAGUUAAGAAUUCAAAUUCGCCCUACAUCCAAGAUUCGAAUGACAUAAAGAGGAUUACUGGGGCUUCCAUUAGCAGAGAAGAUGACGUCCACAUUUACAGCGCGGAUGGCUUGCAAACUCAUACCUUCCGUCCUACCGCUCACCGCGAGGAGGACCUUCACCUUUUCUUCCAUUUGUGGGAUCGUGUUAGGGACAGCUACGUCGAUCAAAGGCCCCUACAUGUUGUAAAGCCAGAGCUGUCUGCGUUCAGAGUGAUCUCGUCGGACGAAUACGAGCGCAUUGGAGAGCAAGGAAGGGUCAAGCUGUAUUCCGAGGGUCGCACCAUCGUCAUUACACAUGCCGCGUCCACACAACGCCUAUGGAAGUUAUCGGAUGCCAAACAGAUGGCCGCUGUCAUGAACCCCAGCGAAGAGGUUACCCUCCAAGACUUCACGUUACCCAUUGGUCCCACACGCAUGGUCACCUCACCGCUCCGUCGAAUCAUUGAGGAGUCUCUAAAACCUCUGCAUCAGAGACGCAUUCUCAACGCAUUGUCGUUGGACGGGGUUGCCCUUCCCCAUAUCGCCGACCAUAGUUCAGACACCGCGUCGUGGGUUGCCACCAAAUCAUCGAAGGGCGCGUUGGAUACGGCCAAAUUCCCAACGGGUGCCACCAACUGGUCCAUCGCAGCCACGGCUGGCGCCAGCCAUGCAUUACAUAUGGACGCCGACGGAGCCAGCACUCGAGUGGUAUGCCGAAGCGGGGCCAAGGUGUGGAUCAAUUUUACGCCUUGCGCAGAGGGUCUUAGGUCACAAUGCCGGAGACAAGACUACUUCGACCUGGACGUAUACGAACCAAGCUUACCCGGAUGGAGGGCUGAGGCUAUAUACCUGGAGCCUGGAAUGGAAAUAUUGCAGCCACCGGGGAUGUUGCAUGCCGUGUACACCAUCGAGGACUCAGUAUGCGACGGGCAGCAUUUCUUCAACGUGCGAACGCUUGUGCAGACCUUCUUGUCAAUGGUUAUAUGUUUCUGCUCCGACCGAUACGUUACGAACUCUGACCACCCUGAGUUCCUGAUGGUUCUACACCGCAUGCUCCUGUUCCAGUACCGCCAUCACGUUGACAAAGUCCCUCUUCCAGAGUACGAGCAGCAUAUCCUUGAUCCCACGUGUAUACCGGACGCCGAGAAUCUUAUCGCGCUACUCGUCAUUGCGAUGACUUCCGAGCUCUUCCACCCCGACACCUAUACGGAGGACGGCAUGACAGCCCAGGAUAUGUACUACGCUUCCACGAUACGAGGCGCUGCCUGGAAGCUUGUCCAAGUCCUCAAUGACAGCUACGAAUUCUCUUGGAAGCUCGGACAUGACGCCGUGGUCACACUGCUCCCUUUCAAAGAUGUCUUCCGCCAUGUUCUCGGCGUCCAGAUGAGCAUUAUCUGUUCUCUCUGGCAGGAUUUUUUCGAAAAGACUGAUCAAGAAACUCUCGAAAGCCCACUUUAUGUGGCUGCAGAACAGGUAGCCCUCAUGCACGAAAAGAUCAAGGACGGUUUCGAAGCAGAAUACGACAGCGACGAAAUCUGGGCCAUGAGAACAUUGCACUACGAGCUGGUACUCGCCGUCCCAGUGCAGCCCAGGCAUCCGAUUGAACCGCUGGACCACUGGCAGCUCAUGCGCAAGGGUGCCACACCUUCCUUGAUUUCCUUGCUGGAAGGCAUGGAAAUCAAGGAGAAUUGA